AUGGCCAAUAUACCACCACCACCAGCAGCUCAACCACAACCACGUCAACCUCCAGUCAACAUAGUAGGCAUUGUGGAUUUGGUUGAUCCUGCACCAUUAACCACCUCAUGGAUAUAUUAUGCCGUUGGCUGUGAUUUAAUGGAGCUUUUAAAACUUCAUAUUGGAAGAGGUGGUACAUUGCCAUAUACAGAAGAUGUUAAUAAACACCAACAAACAGAGCAAGAACUCAAGAAAGAGCUUGAUAGUGCUCGAGUGAAUCUGGUCAAUUGUUCUCAUGUAAAUGAUCCCAUGGAAUGGGCUGAUUUAUUAAAUAAGGUCACUGAUAUAGCGAUAGAAUAUGGUAAAAUAUCAGGACAUCUCAAAAUGAUGGAAGAUAUGCAUAUUGGUAAAGGUGGCUCAUUGCCAUAUGUACCAAAUAUCACUUAA